AUGGGCAAUAAACAUUCUACAUCCACAUCAGGACAACCAAGCACCAAUGUAUGGGCCUUGAAAGAACAACGACCUCGUAAAAAUGAAGAAGACAUAUCCGUAGUGUGGUUCGAUGACCGUGACAACACCGAGUCAGAUGAUAAUAAACUAUUCCGUCAACAAACACUUCGACAAAUUAAUGACUAUGUUGCAUUCUUCAAUAACAAAGACGAAUUCUUAGCUUACAUUCAGUCAAUUCAAGAUGAACAUGUCUUUCUAACUCUUGUCCCGACAACUAAUACCGACGAUUUAUUAAGCGCCAUACACAGUCUGAACAAAAUUUCCUGUAUCUUCCUAUAUUCUGAUCAAAUCGAAGAUCAAGAACCGUUCACUUCUGAGUUAAUCGAAAAAUAUUCAAAAAUAGUCGGCAAGUAUGAAACACGAUCAGACCUAAUUGUAGCUCUACAGAAGAAGAUCGAACUGUACAGAAGACAAAUUGCAAUGUUCAGCUUCUAUGAUGAUAGAAAACAGAAAACCGCACAUGAUUUGAGCAAAGAAUCAGGUUCGUUCAUUUUCUUUCAACUAUUUCAAUACAUUACAAUGACACAGACGAAGAGCAGUGAAGAAUCAAAGCAAGAGAUGCUCGCAAAAUGUCGAAUCUAUUACCAGAAUAACAGAAAGCAGUUAGAGGCUGUUGACGUCUUUGAACAGACCUAUCAACAGACGGAUGCUAUUCUCUGGUAUACCAAAAACUCAUUUAUUUAUCGUCUGAUCAACAAAGCUUUACGUACUGAAGAUAUCGAUACGCUAUUAACAUUUCAGUUCUAUAUUACAGAUCUAAGCCGAAGUUUGCAACAAAAGUUUCAGGAAAUGAAGAGAUCUGAAGCAUUAGUACCGUCAACAUUCACCGUAUAUCGUGGUCUAAAUUUACCGGAACACGAAGUUGACAGUCUCAAAAGAAGUGUCGGACAGCUAAUAUCAACGAACGGCUAUUUAUCGACGAGCAGAUUACGUCAGGUGGCAGUCAUGUUUGCAAACAAAGUUAUGAUGGAGAUCGAGAUGGAUAUGAGACUCAAAAAUGUAAUUUGUGCCGAUAUCGCCCAUAUGAGCACCUUCGAUGACGAGGAAGAAGUACUGUUUGACAUAGGCGCAGUCUUCGAAAUCAUCAGUUACGAAGAACAGUUUGACGAUGAUUCAAACACAUCAAAAAUGUUGAUCUUUAAAAUGAAAGCAACCGACAAAGGCUCAGAACUCGCAAGAGAGUAUAUUGAUUAUCAGAAGAAACGUGUUUACCAGGCUGAUCUCUCAUUAAUCAUUGGUUGUCUUCUGAUCGACAUGGGUCAAAAUGACAAGUCUAAGCGAUAUUUUGAACGGCUUCUCGUAAAAAAACCAAAUGAUGAAAAAGUUGCUUGCAUCUGUAGUAGCCUCGCACGAGCAUAUCGUUUAGAUGGCCAUUACGAUAAAUCAAUUGAGUAUUAUGAACGUGCCUACAAACUGCACAUUAAUAUUCGUCCACAACGUUUCCUAAGUGCUGCACGCGUACUUAACGGAAUAGGGCUUGUCUACGGACAACAGUGUAACUAUACAAUGGCACUUGAAAAAUUAAUGUCGUCACUGAAAUUGUAUAAGAAAUACGGUAAAGAAGAUGAAGAAUAUGCCGGUAUCCUUAAUAAUUUAGCUGGUAUUCACUGUUCUCUACAGGAGCUUGAUGUUGCUAAAGGAUACUUCAAGAAAGUUGAACAGAUCAAUGAAAAACUUCUCCCUAUCGAUCAUCCGAAUCGAGCAACUGUCUUAAUUAAUAUUGGAAAUAUUCACUAUCAGAAAAAGAAUUACACGAAAAGUCUUGUAUAUUACUUAAAGGCUAUGGAUAUGAAAGAUAAAGUGCUCCCAUUAGAACAUCCAGAUAAAAUAUGUUGUCUAGAUAAUAUUGGCCUCGUUCACCUUCAAAUGGGGAACGAUGAGCAAGCGAGACAAUAUUUUCAGAAGGCGUUAUCUAUUGCCGAAAAAGUAUUGUUACCGCACAGUACACAUUCUCUAGUCAACCAAUUACAUAAACAUAUUGAACUCGUUAAGAACGAGAUUCCUGACGUCAGUGAAGCUGAAAAACCUUCCGCUCUUAAGCCCAAGCCUCAACUCGAAACGCUUGUGGACGAACAAUAUUCUAACAAUAGGAUGGAACAACGAGAAGAGGAUCAAGCUACGUCUACAAAAAACCUGAACAAAGAGAUGACAUUAGAGAGUUCCAAGAUAAAUAGUCCAUAUGAAGAUACAUCUCCCCUGAAACGUUCAUUGAAAAAUAUUACAUGA